UUUUUACUAAUUUUAAACAAUUCUUUUCCCAGAAAUGAAAUUCCUGCUGUCUUUCGCUGCCGUCGUCGCCGUGGCCACCGCUGGCCUGGUGCCCGUUGGACCCGCCGGCCCUGCGCCUGCCCCCGAGCUUGUCCCCGUUGGACCUGCCGGCCCAGUCCCCGCCCCUGAAGCCCCUGAAACCUUCGAGCCCAUCGCUAUCGGACCCGCUGUCAUUGACUCCUUCGAGCCCAUCGCCAUCGGACCUGCCGUGAUCGACCAUUUCGAGCCCAUCGCCAUCGGACCUGCCGUGAUCGACCAUUUCGAGCCCAUCGCCAUCGGACCUGCCGUGAUCGACCAUUUCGAGCCCAUCGCUAUUGGACCCGCCGUCAUCGACGCUGACUCUCACCCCAUCUCUGUUGGACCCGCCAUCAUUGACUACCCCCUCCCCGACGGUGGUGUUGUCGCUGAAGAGCCCGUUGUCCCUGGCCCCGCUGUAGUCGCUCCCGCUCCCGCUGAGAUCGCCACCGGUACUCCCCUGGUUCAGAUCAUCCUGAACAUCAACAAGGCUUCUGCUGACGUUAGCCCCGUCGCUGUUGGCCCCGCUAUCGUGCCCACCCCCGUCCACGUUGUGGAGUCUGCCCCUGAGCCCGUCCACGUUGUGGAGGUCGCCCCUGAGCCCGUCCAGGUUGUCGAGACCGCCCCCGAGCCCGUCCAGGUCGUCGAAACCGCCCCUGUUCCCGCUGAGCCCGUCGUCAUCGGAGUCCCCAUCCUCCCCGAAGCCGUCGUCGCUCUUCCCGAAGCUCUCAACUAAAUUAUAAUGCCUACUAAAUAAUAUUACCAUAUCCAAGAAACGUAACGAUAGAACCAUUCGUUUCUACUGCAAGAUGAAGAAAAUCCAAAUUUGUAUAUACUGCCUAAAAUAAAUAAAACUGAACAUCAUUUUUACCACCAA